UAAACAGUGAAGAAUCAUCAAUAGUACACUGCAGGUGGUUCCAGUCAUCAAAACUAAAAUCACGAUGCGUUCUCUGACUUUUCUCCUCGUCAGUUGUUUGGCUGCUGCCCUAACAGUCACCGCCGAAAACAGAAUCGUCUGCUACUUCGGUAGUUGGGCGAAUUGGCGACCGGGAAAUGGCAAAUUCGUCACAGCGGACAUAGACGCCUCCCUCUGCACGCACUUCAUCUGGACCUUCGUUACUCUCCAAGGAAAUCAGGUGGUGUCAUCGAAUGGUGAUGGAGUCAACGGACUCCAGGAGUUCACACAGCUGCGUGCGAAGAAUCCCACAGCCAAGCUUCUCAUCGCUAUCGGAGGGGCUGUAGACAGUCACGGAUCCAAAUACUCGAACAUGGUGUCCUCUGCGGAAUCCCGCAGACAGUUUAUAGACAGCGCUGUAGCCCUUCUGAAGCAGUACAAAUUCGACGGUUUCGACGUUGACUGGGAGUACCCGACUCGCAAUGGUGGAGUCCCUGCUGAUCGCAACAACUUUGUCCUGCUCCUGAAGGAGUUGAAGGAACGCUUCAAUAAGGAAGGUGGUCUUCUGCUGACAGCAGCUGUUGCCGCGGGGACGUGGACGGCAUCACAGGCCUACGACAUUCCGGCGAUAAGUCAGCAUCUGGACUUCAUCAAUCUGAUGACUUAUGACUUCCAUGGCUCAUGGGAACCUAAGACCGGUCAUCAUGCCGGUCUUCGCGGAGACCUGUCAGUCGAAUCAUGUGUCAAGUACUGGCUGGAUCAAGGCUGUCCCAAGGAGAAGCUAGUCGUUGGUGUUCCAACUUACGGAAAAACCUGGACCCUGGCGGAUCCGAAUAACAAUGCUCCUGGCGCUCCAGCACCUUCCGCUGGUCAACCCGGACCUUACGUGCGAGAAUCAGGAUCGUUCGGUUACAACGAACUUUGCGAACAGAUUCGGGAAGGUCAGUGGACAGUUCGUUUCGACGAGAAGGCACAAGCUCCAUAUGCCUUCAAGGGGAACCAGUGGGUCAGCUAUGAUAAUGUCAAAUCCGUGACGGAAAAAGCCAACUACAUCAAGCAAUUGAGACUCGGGGGCGCCAUGAUCUGGAGUCUAGAGACUGACGACAAGAACGGUGCUUGCGGCGAGAAGUUCCCGAUCCUCAAGGCUCUCAAUGCAGUUCUUCGUGGUGGGCAGCCGGUCAAAGAGGAGACCCCGGCCCCCGCGGCAAUGACUAGGGCUUCUACUUAAGCACCAGCUAGAAACCCGAAUGCGGGCUCUGGGCAGGCAGUGCUCACCAGGACCGUCCUUGAAGCUGAUCCAAAUCUUCAAGUCAUCAAUGUGAAGUUAUAUGUCAUAUGAUUCUCCGAUAGGAGUUUUUUUCGGUAUUAGGAGAAUGGAUAUGUUGAUGAGUUUAUGCAAAGAUCAAUGUAUGUAUUUAGUUUGGGGAAAUAAACAAAUGAAAAAUGUGAAA